AUGCGCCGUUGCUCUGGCGGCACUGGCGAGCUCCUCCGCUGCAGUGGCUGCUUGCUUCACACAUACUGCUCUAAAGAGUGCCAAAAAGCAACAUGGCCGCUACACAAGCUCGAGUGUCGCACCCUCUGGGGCUUAGCGCGCACCCGCGCAGGCCAGAUCUCCGGAAACCCAAACGCGUGGGGCGAGUUCACGCGCUGGGCCGAAUACCACCAGACAUCCCUCAGCAACUUCUCCAUCAACGGUUACAUCCAGUACGGCCCCGGCUCCGACGAGCACUACGUCUUCGGCAUUUACCUGCGCUACCAGAAAAACCACGCCGAGCUCCCGCUCGAGAAAAAGUUCAAGCUCGUCGGUGUCCACCCGCUCGACAAGGACGACAUCCCGCCCGGCGACAUGGUCGCGAUGACCGUCCAGCGGAUGUACUGGACACACCGCGAGCAGCUCAUUCCUCUCGGCCAUAUGCAGUUUGGCGACGAGUACGGCGGCACCGGCGCGUACGUCCUCUCCGUGGACUUCAACCCCAAUACAAGAGUAGACCUGGGAGAGAUGGCAAACGCGAUCUUGUACCCGGUCAAGCCCGUUCCAUUUGACAAGAUGCGCGCGGAGGCGCAUCCUGCACCGCGCCCAUACCAGACACUGGAGAGGAUAUUAGCGGCUGGGGAGAGACUCAAGUUUUGCUGCGGCAAGGUUCCGGGGAUGCCGAAAUGCUGCUGUGGAGGCUGGACGCAUCACGAUGUCGAUGUCGAUGACAUCGACUAG